CUAGUUAUGGAUUUUAUUAUUGUUUUUAUAUGUUUUUACGAAUUGUUUGCGAAAAUGUAGGGAAGUGUCGAUCGCCCGGUUCCUGUCCUUAUCAUACGGUCCGCACGAAUACUAAUAAUCACACGAGAGAUGUGGGCCCGGGGUUAGGGAUGCGAAAGUCCAGUAGUUUAGAGAGUCUGCAGACUAUGAUGCAGGACAUCCAGAAGGAACAGUUAGAAACGGUGAACCCAUUCACGACGCCCCGGCCCUCCACCGUAAGGGUGUCCCGGAGUCGCGAAACCAAUGAGAGCUUCAGAGCGGCCGUCGACCGGAGUUACGACGCGAACAACGAUAACGAAAAUCACGAGACUAUGGAAACCGUGGCCGAAGAAGAUAGCGAUAGCGACGGCUCGUCCGUAGAGAACAUUCCUCAUAAGCCGCGUAUGCAUCACACGCAGGCCAUACUCGUGCGACCAUCGGGUGCCCUAUCGAUGGCCAGCACUCAAUACACGGCCACAACGGGCACCUCAUCCCAGAUGACCACCGAAGACGAGACGCAGGGCUUCCUCAGCCAGAAGAAGAAGAGCGGCGGCAAAAAGAAGCGACUCUUGAAGACGUGGUUUAAGUUUGGCUCUAAGAAGGGUCGCUCGUCUGAUGCCAAACACAAGGCCGAGAGGGAGGGCGGCAACGCUGGCGGCGGUGGUGGUAGCCAUCAACAGCCUCGGGACCAGAUGAGUCGUUUCGGCGCCGCCGCCACUCAGCCCAUGCACAGCACACCCACCGGCGCGACGACCGGCCAGUUGGCUAACCACGAGCUCAAUGCCGACGGCGCGAUGUCCCGCAACGAACGCAUGGCUCAGUUGAGAGCACAGCACCAGCGCAUGCAUCUCGAGCGGCAAAGGGUAUACCCGAACGAACAGCGCCUGUACGACACCUACAGCUCAAUGGAUCGCAAGCAUCAGUCGGAUUACGCCAAUAGUCCCAACUAUUCCUCCACUCAAAUGUAUAUCUCGUAUCCCAUUAAUGCUAACUAUCCUCCCAGUCCUCGGCGUUUGGUCUCCCCCUCUAAGUCGAAUGCAUUCGAGAGACGCGCUCAGAGUCUAAGAAGUAAUGCCCACAAGAGUCCGAAGAUGCCUGGCGUUGACGCUCAGCACUCGAGAGGCAACUCCUAUGAUAUUUAUAGACAGAUGGAGAGACCCGGAAGUCGUGUGGGAAUCGCUGAUCACAACAACAAAUACAGUCAUUACAUGAAUUACCGGGAGAUCCAGCAACAGAUGCAUCACUACCACCAACAACAGCAACAGCAGCACAACGUCAACCACUACUCGGACUACGAGAUCUAUGUGCCGCCCGUCGACGCCGACCCGCCGCCCAAACCUAUGGUGCGGUCGGCGUCCGGUCAGCACCAGAGGCACGUGUCGUCACCGUUAGGCGCGCGACAGGUGGUCGGCCCGCAACCGCACGACAGACCCCACUAUUACGAGUACGAGACGGCCACCGCUGUGCUCAAAGCCAAACAACAGCUCAUUCAGCAGCAAAAUAACGUCAAUAAUAACGUUUCGCCGCAAAAGGACGGCCCGAGCGGCGCGUCGCUCACCCGUCGCAGCAAAAAGUACGCCAAACCGUCGGAAAUGCUGGCGCAGAGCAUUCAGGCGUCGUCGCCGACGAGUGUAGGCGCCACCGGAACCUCAAUACAAGUGCCAUCAUUAGUACGCCAACAGCAGCCCAUCUAUCAGACCAAUCAGCUGAAGAUCUAUGGCAGCACUUACUCUAAUGGAUACUCAAGCCAUUCGCAGCCCCCGCAGAACCCGCCGGCCAGUCGUAUAUACGACACAAUACACACUCAGAGUAACAGUAAUGCCAUCCAUGACAGCAACGGCUACGACAUGGCCGCCAAGUAUCAAAAUGUAAGGCCCGGCUCUAAAGUAUAAGUGCUUUUCACAAACUGGUUGUAAACUAGAUUUUUUGUAUUUUUUAUGUACCAUUUCCUAAACCAAUCAUUUUGUACAUUAGUUAAUCAUUAUUUUUAUGUGAAAACUAAUUGGUUUGCAAACUAAUCAUUUGAGUGCAAAACUAAAAACUAAAAAGUGUUUUCGUUGUGAAUAUAUACUAUUAAUACAAAUAUUUUGAGUGAAAUUUUAUAAUUCUCGGCUCAUUUUCGCGACUUUUAUGGGUUUAUGAAAUAAAAGUGUCGGAAGUGUUCCCGAGAGUUGUAUUAGGAGUUGAUUAUUGAUUGAGACAAAUAUAUCUACAAUUGAUUGUGAUUUUUAAUCUCUAACUAUAGAUGAAAAUGACAACUAAAACCAAAC